AUGUGUGGCUCUCGACGCGGCGAAGCCUCGGGCUCGACCAACGUCCAUGGACGGGAGGUCCUGCCUACCAACGUCAAGCCGGUCCACUAUGACCUGACGUUGGAGCCCAACUUUGAGUCCUUCACCUACAAUGGAACCGUCGUGAUUGACCUCCAGGUCGCCGAGGAUUCCACCUCCAUCGCCCUCAACUCCAAUGAGAUUGAUAUCCACAGCGCCAUUGUCUCCGCCCAGGGCUCUGUCGUCGCCUCGAACCCCGAGAUCUCUGUCGACAAGGACAGCCAAGUCGCUACGAUCAAGUUCUCCGAAACCAUUCCCGCGGGGUCCUCCGCCCAGCUGAAGCUGACCUUCACUGGUAUCCUCAAUGAUAAUAUGGCCGGUUUUUAUCGUUCGUCCUACAAGCUGCCUAACGGCGAGACCAAAUAUCUGGCCUCCACCCAGAUGGAGCCGACUGACGCUCGCCGCGCAUUCCCCUGCUUCGAUGAGCCCGCUCUCAAGGCCAAGUUCACCAUCACCUUGGUCGCCGAUAAGAGCAUGACCUGUCUGAGUAACAUGGACGUUGCGUCGGAGUCCGAGGUGCAGGGCGGUAAGAAGGCAGUCAAGUUCAACACCACCCCCCUUAUGUCCACCUACCUGGUGGCCUUCAUUGUCGGUCACAUGAACUACAUCGAAACCAAUGCUUUCCGGGUGCCCAUCCGUGUCUAUGCUACUCCCGACCAGGACAUCGAGCACGGCCGCUUCUCGCUGGAUCUGGCUGCUCGGACUCUCGCCUUCUAUGAGAAGGCUUUCGAUAGCACCUUCCCCCUCCCGAAGAUGGACAUGGUGGCUGUGCCCGACUUCAGCGCCGGAGCUAUGGAGAACUGGGGUCUGAUCACCUACCGUAUUGUGGACGUGCUGCUGGAUGAGAAGACUAGUGGCGCGUCCCGCAAGGAGCGCAUUGCCGAGACAGUCCAGCACGAACUGGCCCACCAGUGGUUCGGAAACUUGGUCACCAUGGACUUCUGGGACGGCCUGUGGUUGAACGAAGGUUUCGCUACGUGGAUGUCCUGGUACUCCUGCAACAGCUUCUACCCCGAGUGGAAGGUCUGGCAGACUUACGUCAUUGAUAACCUCCAGAGUGCGCUCUCCCUCGACUCGCUCCGCAGCAGCCACCCCAUUGAGGUGCCGGUGAAGCGUGCCGACGAGAUCAACCAGAUCUUCGACGCCAUCUCGUACUCCAAGGGUUCGUCGGUGCUGCGCAUGAUCUCCAAGUAUCUCGGAGAAGAUGUUUUCCUCCAGGGUGUGCGGAACUACAUUAAGAAGCACGCCUACGGAAACACUCAGACCGGUGACCUGUGGGCCGCUCUCGCUGAUGCCUCCGGCAAGCCCGUGGAGAAGGUGAUGGACAUCUGGACCAAGAACGUUGGCUUCCCCGUCGUCACGGUUUCGGAGAACCCAUCCUCUUCCUCCAUUACCCUGAAGCAGAACCGCUUCCUCCGGACCGGUGAUGUCCGGCCCGAAGAGGACACCACCCUCUACCCUGUCAUGCUCGGACUGCGCACCAAGCAAGGCAUCGACGAGAACACCAUGCUCACCGAGCGCCAGGGUGAAUUCAAGGUGCCCGAUUUGGACUUCUACAAGCUCAACGCCGAUCAUUCCGCCAUCUACCGCACUUCCUACACCCCUGACCGUCUGUCUAAGCUGGGCAACGCUGCCAAGCAGGGACUGCUGACCGUCGAGGACCGCGCCGGUAUGAUCGCCGACGCGGGUGCCCUGGCCGCCUCCGGCUACCAGAGCACUUCGGGACUCCUCUCCCUCCUGCAGGGCUUCGAUGGAGAGUCGGAGUUCAUCGUGUGGAACGAAAUGCUGACCCGGAUCGGCACCAUGCGGGCCGCCUGGCUGUUUGAGGAUGCGCAGGUGAAGGACGCCCUCAAGGCUUUCCAGCGCGCUCUCGUGAGCUCCAAGGCGCACGAGCUGGGCUGGGAGUUUUCCGAGAACGACGGCCACAUCCUGCAACAGUUCAAGGCACUCAUGUUCGGCAGCGCCGGUAUGGCCGAGGACCCGGUCGUUGUGAAGGCCGCACAGGACAUGUUCGCGCGCUUUGCCGCCGGCGAUGCCACUGCCAUCCACCCCAACAUCCGCGGCAGCGUCUAUUCCAUUGUGCUGAAGAAUGGCGGCGCGAAGGAGUACGACGUCGUGCUGGACCGCUUCCGCAACGCGCCCACCUCCGAUGAGAAGACCACGGCCCUCCGCUGCCUCGGUGCCGCCGAGGACCCCGCUCUCAUCCAGCGCACCCUCGACCUCGCCAGCAGCGAUGAGGUCAAGAACCAGGACAUCUACAUGCCGCUGGGUGGUCUGCGCGGCCACACCGCCGGUAUUGACGCGCGCUGGACCUGGAUGAAGAACAACUGGGAUGCGCUGUACCAGCGUCUCCCACCGGGUCUGGGCAUGCUCGGUACGGUUGUGCAGCUCAGCACGGCCAGCUUCUGCACGGAGGCGCAGUUGCGGGAUGUGGAGACCUUCUUUGCCAGCAAGGACACCAAGGGCUUUGACCGCGCCGUCGAGCAGAGUCUGGACGCCAUCCGGGCCAAGAUCAACUGGGUCAAGCGGGAUGGCGCUGAUGUUGAGUCUUGGUUGAAGGCGAACAAGUACCUGGGCGGUGGGAAGCUGUAA